UGCUGAGUCGGAGCAGGUCUGCAGUCUGGUACUUGGCGUCGUGCAGACCCGAGAUGCUGUAGCCAACGCUAUUUAGGUCCGUUAUACGGGGAUACAUUGGCCCGUCUUCAUUGAAACAUCUCCAGCCUGCAACAUUGUUCGACAACUUCAGAAAAGACGUGUUCGGUUAGGAUGCGGACAAUUUAGGCUUUUUUUUUUCUCCGGGGGAUCUUACAUUUUCAUUGAGUGUUUAAGGAGGAACGACUUAGACCUGGAUUAAUCAACAAGGCAAAGGCUUUUGAUGAUUGGAAAUAGAUGGAAGAAAUAACGAAUCGCUGCUCUGGAAUAAAGUGAAGGAUGAAUCUCCGUCUUUGACGCGUUAUUCUCCUUUUUGGGGUUUGGUGUUUCCAGCGACGAGGGACCGACGCUUGUUUGAUAUUUUUGCGCGUGGGUAAAUAAGUCAGCGCUCGCCUUCGGUCUCCGCGGUUUUUCUCCCUUCCACCGUCGAGGUGUUUCCUAAAUCUCAUUCGAAAGCGAGCUUUCUGCUAACCCUAUCGGUACGCAUGACAUGGUUCAGUCCAGCUGCGAGAACCGAGCCUCGAUGCAUUGGGAUUUUUCACCGCGCAGACACCAAGUGAAUCUCCCUUUGCAAACCGUCUGAGAACUACUGUCCGUGCCAGAAAAAAAACCCUGCCAUGACAACCGCCUCGAACCGGGACGGAGUGGGACUCGCCGGGAGAACAGAAUGCGCUUGCAGCAGGCAUACACAUAACGCACCCCAGAAAGGAGAAGGAAUACCUUUUUUUGCGCUAAUGAAGCGCGGAAUACAAGCGCACCAUUGGAGCCGGCUGCUGUUCUUGUACAUGGGACUCCUAGCCACCUCGGUGGACGGUCAGAACUGCAGUUACACGCUACACCAACCCAACGGGACGAUAGAGAGCCCCGGCUAUCCGUAUGGCUACCCCAACUACGCCAACUGCACGUGGGUGAUCGUGGCGGCGGAGCACAACCGCAUCCAGCUGGUGUUCCAGGGGUUCGCCCUGGAGGAGGACUUUGACCUCCUGUCUGUGUACGACGGCCCCCCCAGCCCCGGGAACCUCCGCACGCGGUUAACAGGCUUCCAGUUGCCCUCGCCCAUCGUGAGUACGGGCUCCAGGCUCACCCUGUGGCUCCUCUCAGACUACGCUGUCAGUGGCCAGGGCUUCAAAGCUGCCUACGAAGCCCUGCCCAGCUACACGUGUGGGAACCCCGGGGUGCUGCUCAACGGCCUCCAGCAGGGCACCACCUUCAACAUCGGGGACAAGAUCCGCUACAGCUGCAGCCAGGGCUACGUGCUGGAGGGCCACACCACGCUGUCCUGCCUGGCCACCUCGGCCGGCACCGCCGCCUGGGACUUCCCCCUGCCGUACUGCAGAGCGGACGACGGGUGCGGGGGCACGCUGCGGGGCCAGAGCGGGGUGAUCACCAGCCCCAGCUACCCGGGGGAGUACAACAACAACGCCGACUGCACCUGGACGGUGCUGGCGGAGCCGGGGGACACCAUCGCCCUGGUCUUCUCGGACUUCCAGCUGGAGGACGACUACGACCUGCUGGAGGUCAGCGGCACCGACGGCUCCUCCCAGUGGUUCACGGGUCCAAACCUUCCCUCCCCCAUCAUCAGCAGCAAGAACUGGCUCCGGCUGCACUUCACCUCCGACGGGAACCACAAGUUGAGGGGCUUCAGCGCCCAAUAUCAAGUGAAGAAGAUGACUGAGUUGAAGUCUAGAGGCGUGAAGAUGCUUCCCAGCAAAGACAAUCACCACAAGAUAUCAGUGUUGUCUCAGAUGGGUGUAGCGCAGGGGCAUAACAUGUGUCCAGACCCUGGGAUUCCGGACAGAGGGAAACGGAAAGGCGCUGACUUCAGACGGGGGGCCACUGUUCACUUCUCCUGCGACGAGGGCUACGAGCUGCAGGGCUCGAAGAGCAUCAGCUGCCUGCGGGUGACCGACAGCUACGUGGGAUGGAGCGACGACCGGCCCAUCUGCAGAGCACCUAUGUGUGGAGGUCAACUGAGAGGUCCCAGCGGUGUCAUCACCUCUCCAAACUACCCGGUCCAGUACGACAACAAUGCAAACUGCACCUGGAUCAUCACUGCCACAGACAUGACCAAGGUGAUCAAGCUGACGUUUGAGGACUUUGACCUGGAGCGUGGCUACGACACCCUGACGGUGGGCGAUGGAGACGUGGUGGGUGACCAGAAGACCGUCUUCCACGUACUUUCGGGGACAUCUACUCCGGACUUGGUGGUCAGCACCAGCCACCAGAUGUGGCUUAACUUCAAGACUGAUGACACCAGUGGAUCUCUGGGCUUCAAGGUGUCUUAUGAAGAGAUCGACCAGGGCAGCUGCGGGGACCCCGGCACCCCCGCCUACGGCAAGCGGGAAGGGACAGGCUUUCGUCACGGGGACCGGCUGUACUUUGAGUGUCUGCCGGCGUUCGAACUGGUGGGGAAAAGGAACAUCACCUGUCAGAAGAACAACCAGUGGUCGGCCAAGAAGCCCAGCUGCGUCUUCUCAUGUUUCUUCAACUUUACCACGCCGUCGGGGGUGCUGCUGUCGCCCAACUACCCCCAGGAGUACGGCAACAACAUGCACUGCGUGUGGCUGAUCAUCGCCAAGCCUGAGAGCCGCAUCAACCUGGCCUUCAACGACCUCAGCAUGGAGAAGCAGUUCGACUUCCUCUCCAUCAAAGAUGGCGGAAAGGCCGAGUCUCCGAUCCUGGGUACCUUCUCGGGCGACGUCCUGCCCCCGCCCAUCACCACCAGCGCCCACGUGGCCCGGCUGGAGUUCCUGACCGACCACACCUACACGGACCGGGGCUUCAACAUCACGUUCACAACGUUCCGCCACAACGAGUGUCCGGACCCGGGCGUCCCCGUGAACGGCAAGCGCUUCGGGGAGAACCUGCAGCUGGGCAGCUCCAUCUCCUUCCUGUGCGAGGAGGGCUUCGUCAAGACCCACGGCUCCCAGACCGUCUCCUGCAUCCUGAAGGACGGCAACGUGGUGUGGGACAACGCCGUGCCCCGCUGUGAAGCUCCGUGUGGUGGGGAUUUGAAAGCGCCCAGUGGGAUCAUCCUGUCCCCUGGAUGGCCUGAGCUUUACAAGGAGGCCCUUAACUGUGAGUGGAUCAUCGAGGCCCCUCCUGGCUACCCAAUCAAGAUCAUCUUUGACAAGUUCCGCACAGAGGUGAACUACGACGUGCUGGAGGUGCGUGACGGACGCUUCCCGUCCUCGCCGCUCAUCGGCAGCUACCAGGGCACCCAGGUUCCCCAGUUCCUCAUCAGCACCUCCAACUACAUCUUCAUGCUCUUCUCCACCGACAAGAGCCACUCUGACAUCGGCUUCCGCAUCCGCUACGAGACACUCCAACUACAGUCAGAUCACUGCGUGGAUCCCGGUAUCCCGGUCAACGGACAGCGCCAUGGCAACGACUUUUAUGUGGGAGCCCUGGUGACGUUCAACUGCGACGCUGGGUACACGCUGAGCGACUCUGAGCCUCUCGAGUGUGAGCCCAACUUCCAGUGGAGCCGUCCCCUGCCUACCUGCGAUGCGCUGUGCGGAGGCUAUAUCCAGGGAAACACCGGUACCAUUCUGUCACCUGGCUUCCCCGACUUCUACCCACACAACCUCAACUGCACUUGGAUGAUCGAGUCGUCUCACGGCAAAGGUGUGCAGUUCACCUUCCACACCUUCCACCUGGAGAGCCCCCACGACCACCUGCUGGUGACGGAGAACAGCAGCUUCUCCCAGCCCCUGUGGAGGCUGACGGGCUCCACCCUGCCCCCCACCCUGAGCGCGGGGCUCUUCGGGAACUACACCGCCCAGAUCCGCUUCCUCUCCGACUUCUCCGUCUCCUACGAGGGCUUCAACAUCACCUUCUCCGAGUACGACUUGGAGCCCUGCGAGGACCCGGGCAUCCCCACCUACAGCACCCGCAAGGGGCUACAGUACGGGGUGGGAGACAUCCUCAUCUUCUCCUGCUUCCCGGGGUACCGCCUGGAGGGUCCGCCCCGGGUGGUGUGUCUAGGGGGGAGACGGCGGGUGUGGAGCUCCCCUCUGCCAAGGUGUGUGGCCGAGUGCGGAUCCUCAGUGACUGGCACGCAGGGGGUUCUGCUCUCGCCCAACUACCCCGGUUACUAUGGAAACAGCCACGAGUGCAUCUACUCCAUCAAGACGCAGGCUGGCAAAGGAAUCCAGCUCAGAGCGAGAGAUUUCAGACUGGAGGAGGAUGAUAUGCUUAAAGUGUUUGAUGGGAACAGUAACCAGGCCCGUAUGCUGGGGUUGUUCACUGGGAGCGAGCUGUUGGACACCACCCUUAACUCCACCUCAAGCUCCAUGUGGCUGGAGUUCAUCAGCAACUCAGACAACACCAGCAAGGGCUUUGAGCUCCACUACACCAGCUUUAAGCUGGAGAGGUGCGAGGAUCCCGGCGUGCCCCAGUUCGGCUACAAGAGGGAGGACAAGGGCCAAUUUGCGGGCAGCAACGUAUCCUACAGCUGCGACCCGGGCUACACCCUCAAGGGGCCCGAGGUGCUCACCUGCCUGAGAGGAGAGAGGCGGGCCUGGAACAGCCCUCUGCCGCUGUGUGUCGCCGAGUGUGGCGGCAGCAUCAAGGAUGACCCGUCGGGCCGGAUCCUCUCUCCAGGAUACCCGGCUCCUUAUGAACACAACCUCCACUGCGUCUGGACCAUCGAAGCCCCGCCCGGGAGCACCGUCAGCCUGCACUUCCUGGUCUUCCACACGGAGGAGGUCCACGACGUGCUUCGGAUCUGGGAUGGCCCCCAGGAAGGAGGGGUGCUGCUGAGGGAGCUGAGCGGCUCGGCGCUGCCCCCGGACGCCCACAGCACCUUCAACACCGUCAGCCUGCAGUUCACCACCGACUUCUUUACCAGCAAGCAGGGCUUCGCUCUGCAGUUCUCUGUCUCCACGGCGACCUCCUGCAACGACCCGGGCAUGCCCACCAACGGGACGCGGGGCGGGGACAGCAGGGAGCCCGGGGACCACGUGGUCUUCCAGUGUGACCCCGGCUACGUCCUGCAGGGGGCCAGCAAAAUAACCUGCACCGAGAUCAACAGCCGCUUCUUCUGGCAGCCCGACCCGCCCACCUGCACAGCUCCGUGUGGAGGGAACCUGACCGGCCCCGGUGGUUUGAUCCUGUCCCCGGAGUACCCAGAGCCCUACCCCCACGGCAGAGAGUGUGACUGGACCGUGUCCGUUACCCAGGACUACGUCAUCGCCCUCAACUUCAAUCAGUUCAGCUUGGAGCCCAGCUAUGACUUCCUGCACAUUUACGACGGGCCAGACUCCCUCAGCCCCCUGUUGGGAAGCUUUUACGGCAUUGAUGUACCCGACCGCAUCGAGAGCAGCUCCAACACGCUCUUCCUGGCCUUCCGCAGCGACGCUUCCCUCAGCAGCAAUGGAUUUGUGUUGCAGUACACAGAAAACCCACGGGAGUCGUGCUUCGAGCCGGGCGCGGUGCGGAACGGUACACGGGUGGGAACCGACCUCAAGCUGGGCUCCACGGUCACCUACCAGUGCGACGGCGGCUACACCCUGGAGGGGGAUCCCACCCUCACCUGCGUCAUGGGGAGGGACGGCAAGCCCAGCUGGAACAAGCCCAGGCCCAUCUGCAUCGCUCCUUGUGGCGGCCAGUAUUCGGGUUUGGAAGGUGUAGUCCUGUCUCCCGGUUACCCUGGCAACUACAGCAGCGCACGGACUUGCCUCUACUCUGUUAUUGUGCCCAAGGACUACGUGGUGUUCAGCCAGUUCACCUUCUUCCAGACGGCUCUCAACGACGUGGUGGAGGUCUACGACGGCCCCACGCAGAUCUCGCGUGUCCUCAGCUCCCUGUCCGGAGCUCACACAGGUGAGUCGUUGCCGUUGGCGACGACCAACCAGAUCCUUAUCCGCUUCAACUCGAAGGGCCAGGCCAGCUCCAAGGGAUUCCACCUGGUCUACCAGGCUGUACCGAGGACCAGUGCCACGCAGUGCAACUCAGUCCCAGAGCCCCGGAACGGCCGGCGCAUGGGAAACAACUUUGCGGUGGGGGCAGCGAUCCGCUUCGAGUGCAGCCCCGGGUACGUGCUGGAAGGCCCCAGCGCCAUCGAGUGCCUGACUGUGCCCAACGCCCUGGCCCAGUGGAACAGCUCCAUUCCCAGCUGCAUAGUCCCGUGUGGAGGGAACCUGACCCAGAGAAUCGGAACCAUCCUGUCUCCCGGGUUCCCUGAGCCCUACCUCAACAGCCUCAACUGUGUCUGGAAAAUCCUUGUUCCGGAAGGCUCUGGAAUCCAGAUCCAGGUGAUCAGCUUUGUGACGGAGCAGAACUGGGACUCCUUGGAGGUUUUCGAUGGAGGGGACAACACUGACACCAUGCUCGGCAGCUUCUCAGGCACCACGGUCCCUGCCCUCCUCAACAGCACCUCCAACCAGCUCUACCUGCACUUCUUCUCAGACAUCAGUGUGUCUGCCGCCGGAUUCAGACUGGAGUACAAAACCGUGUCACUGACCAGCUGCCCCGAGCCGUUGGUGCCCAUGAGCGGGUUUAAGGUGGGAGAGAGACUCCAGAUGAACAACGUGGUGUCCUUUCAGUGUGAGCCCGGAUACACGCUGCAGGGGAACUCUCACAUCUCCUGUAUGCCAGGGCCGGUCAGACGAUGGAACCAUCCGCCCCCCCUCUGCAUCGCUCAAUGCGGUGGUAUCCACGAGGAGAUGGAGGGCAUGAUCCUAAGUCCUGGUUUCCCUGGCAACUACCCUAGCAACAGUGACUGCACCUGGAGAGUAUACCUGCCGGUUGGUUAUGGAGCCCACAUUCAGUUCCUGAACUUCUCCACCGAGGCCAACCACGACUUCUUAGAGAUCCGCAACGGGCCACUGGAUACCAGCACCGUGAUUGGUCGAUUCAGCGGCACCGACGUUCCCUCCUCCUUGCUCACUACCUCUCACGAGACCACCGUGUAUUACCAUAGCGAUCACUCGCAGAACAAACCGGGAUUCAGGUUAGAGUACCAAGCCUAUGAACUUCAGGAGUGCCCCGAUCCGGAGCCCUUCCACUACGGCGUGGUGGUGGGGGCGGGCUUCAACGUGGGCCAGUCCAUCUCCUUCGAGUGCCUCCCCGGGUACCAGCUCGCGGGACAUUCCAUCAUCACCUGCGAACACGGCACCACGCGCAACUGGGACCACCCCAUCCCCCGCUGUGAAGUGCCGUGCGGCGGGAACAUAACCGCGGACAACGGGACCAUCUUCUCCCCGGGGUACCCCGAGGAGUACCCGGGCUCCGCCGACUGCGCCUGGCUGAUCACCGUGGCUCCCGGCCUGGGGGUCCGGCUCAACUUCACCCUGCUGCAGGUGCACGGCCCCCACGACUUCAUCACCGUCUGGGAUGGCCCCCAGGAGACCACCAGGAAGCUUGGCGUGUUCAACGACGGCGAGCCCAACGAACCGCCCAGCAGCACGUCCAACCAGGUGCUGGUCCGUUUCCGCAGCAACACGGAAAAGGGCGGACUCUUCCGCGUCGGCUACCAGGCCUACAGACUCCAGUUUUGCCUGCCUCCCCCCAUUAUUCCUAAUGCUGAGAUUUUGAUGGCAAGCAAGGAAUUUAAAAUAGGUGACAUUGUGCGCUACAGGUGUCUCCCGGGGUACAAGCUGAGCGGGAACGCCAUCCUGACCUGUCGCCUGGGCAUCCACCUCGAGUUCCAGGGCCCCCCGCCUUCAUGCGACGUGACGUGUCCCAUGAACGAGGUGCUGACGGCCUCCACGGGGGUCAUCAUGAGCCAUUCCCCCGGCAACGGCUUCCCCCACUUUGAGUCGUGCUCCUGGGUGGUGAAGGUGGAGCCGGGCUACAACAUCACCUUCACCAUAGAGCACUUCAUGACCAGCCGGCAGUUCGACGAGCUUGAGAUCUUUGAUGGUGAGCCGUCCCGACAGAGCAACCUCCUGAUCACCCUGACCGGCAACUACUCCAGCCCACUGAGCAUCACGAGCUCGGGCAACAAGGUGUACCUGCACUGGUCCUUCGACCACACCACCAGCCACAAGGGCUUCCGCAUACGAUACUCAGCGGCGUACUGCAGCCCUCCCAGAAACCCCUUCAAUGGCACGGUGCACAGCCUGACCGGCACCAAGCUGGGCAGCACUCUGCGCUUCAGCUGCGACCAGGGCUUCCGUCUGGUGGGCCAGAGCAGCGCAACCUGCACCCGCAACCAGCAGGGCAUCUACCAGUGGAACGCCCCGGUGCCGCUCUGCCAAGUGCUGUCCUGCGGGAUGCCGGUGCCACCGGUCAACGGUAGCAUCUUGGGCCAGGACUUCACCCUGGGAGCCAGGGCCCAGUACCAGUGCAACCCCGGGUUCAGGCUCCAGGGGCCCAUCACCACCUCGGUGGUCUGCCAGGAGUCCGGGCGGUGGAGCGCCAUCGAGGCCCCGCCCAGAUGCAUGCCGGGUUCCUGCCAGGACAUCAGCCACUCUGCCGUGGAUCACGGAAGAUGGAGACUCAUCUACGGCACUCAAAACCAAUAUGAUGCCAUCAUGAUGCUCAUCUGCGACCUGGGAUAUUACUACAGGGGUCGAAGGGUCAUCCGUUGCCAGGCCAACAGCACUUGGGACUACCCAGAUCCUCGGCCAGCCUGCAAGAUCAUCGCCUGCGGAGACCUGGGCACGCCACCGAACGGACACAAGAUCGGAACGCUGACGGUGUACGGAGCUACGGCGAUCUUCUCCUGCAACACGGGCUACACGCUGGUGGGCUCCCGGGUGCGGGAGUGCAUGUCCAACGGCCUGUGGAGUGGAUCCCAGGUCCAGUGCCUGGCUGGCCACUGCGGAAACCCCGAGCCCAUCGUGAACGGCCAGAUCAACGGGGAGAACUACAACUACCGGGGCAGCGUGGUGUACCAGUGCAACCCGGGCUUCCGGCUCAUCGGCGUGUCGGUGCGCAUCUGUGAACAGGACCACCGCUGGUCUGGCAACACUCCCGUCUGUGUCCCCAUCACCUGUGGUCACCCCGGUAACCCCACCUUCGGGCUGACCCAGGGCACCCAGUUCAACCUGAACGACGCCGUGCGCUUCGUGUGCAACACGGGAUAUGUUCUGCACGGGACGGGCAAGUCCUCCUGCCAGGCCAACGGGCAGUGGAGCAACCCGCUCCCCAGGUGUAAAAUCGUGAACUGCACGGAGCCCGGCAAGGUUGAUAACAGCGACAGGCAGGUGGUGACCAGCGGGCCGCAUCGCUACAGCUUCCAGACGGCCGUGUCGUACCGCUGCAACCCGGGCUACUACCUGCUGGGCACCAGCUCCAUCUCCUGCCAGGGGGGCGGCACCUGGGACCGCUCGCUGCCCAAGUGCCUGCUGGUGCUGUGCGACCGGCCCAGUGUGCCCCCCUACGCCCAGAUCUCCGGAGACCGCCGCACCGUGGGCGCCGUCAUCCGCUUCAGCUGCAUCGGCCAGCGCAUCGUCGUCGGCAACACCACGCGCAUGUGCCAGCUGGACGGCCAUUGGAGCGGAUCACUGCCACACUGCUCCGGGGACUCUGCGGGGCUGUGCGGCGACCCGGGCGUCCCCUUCCACGGCAUCCGUCUGGGGGAGGAGUUCAGGCCGGGCAGCCUGGUGCGCUUCAGCUGUGAGCCGGGCUACGUGCUGAGGGGGUCCCAGGAGCGCACCUGCCUGGCCAAUGGGAGCUGGGUGGGCACCCAACCCGAGUGCCACGUGGUCUCCUGUGGAAACCCGGGAACGCCACGGAACUCCCAGAUCGCCGUCCACGACGGCCUGACGUUCUCUCGCUCCAUCACCUACGCCUGCCGUGAGGGCUACUACUCCACCGGCAUGCUCACGCGCCACUGCACCGUCAACGGCACGUGGACCGGAAACAUGCCCGAAUGCUCGGUGAUCAACUGUGGCGACCCGGGCGUGCCGGCCAAUGGCGUGCGGACGGGCAACGACUUCACCUUCAGCCACCGGGUCAGCUUCCAGUGCUCGCCGGGCUUCACCAUGGACGUGGACCGCGCCUCCUCACUGGUCUGCACCAAGGACCGCACGUGGAAUGCCACCAAGCCCCAGUGCAAAGCCAUCGUGUGUGCCCCACCCCCCGUCAUCCCCAACGGCCAGGUGGUGGGCACGGACUUCAUCUGGGGCGCGAGCAUCAGCUACGCCUGUAACCAAGGGUACCAGCUGUCCCUGCCCACCGUGCUCACCUGCCAGGGCGUGGGCAACUGGAGCGGAGAGAGGCCCCAGUGCUUCCCUGUGUUCUGCGGGGACCCGGGCAUCCCGGCCCAGGGUCGGAGGGAAGACCGCGGAUUCACCUACCUGUCCUCUGUCUCCUUCUCCUGCUACGCCCCGCUGGUGCUGGUGGGUUCCACCCGGAGGUACUGCCAGUACGACGGCACCUGGAGCGGCACGCAGCCCUCCUGCAUAGAUCCCAGUCACACGACUUGUGGGGACCCAGGCAUCCCGAUGUUUGGAAGCCAGAACAACAGCCAAGGUUACCAGAUCAGCAGCACGGUGUACUUCAGCUGCAGGAAGGGCUACCUCCUCCAGGGCUCCAUCUCCCGCGCCUGCCUGCCCAACCUCACCUGGAGCGGCUUCCAGCCCGAGUGCAUCGCCCACCAUUGCAGCCAACCAGAGCUUCCGGGCCAGGCAGACGUGAGUGCCAUAGAACUGCCCUCGCUGGGCUACACGCUGAUCUACACCUGCCAGCCCGGCUUCUACCUGGAGGGGGGAUCCGAACACAGGACCUGCAGGUCGGACGGGAGCUGGACCGGGAAACCCCCCCUCUGCGCGGCCGAUAACCGCCCAAGCGGUAAGAGUCCCGUGGGCACGGUUCAGGAGCCUCCCUCCAAGUAUCCAGUCCCGGUGGGCGUGUUUGCCAAGAACUCCCUGUGGAAGGGCUCCUACGAGUACCUGGGCAAGAAGCAGCCCGCCAUGCUCAGCAUCAGCGCCUUCGAGGCCUUCAGCAACCGUGUCAAUGGCACCCUCAUCGACCACAGCGGCGUGGAGCUCAAGCUAGCCGGCACCUACAAGCGGGAAGAGGCUCAGCUUCUUCUGCAGGUCCAUCAGAUCCGAGGUCCGGUGGAGAUCUUUGUCAACAAAUUCAAAAUAGACAACUGGGCCUUGGACGGACACGUGUCCUACAUUCCCUCGUCCAACUCCUUUGUGUACCAGGGUUUCGUCCGCGGAAAGGGCUUUGGUCAAUUUGGCCUACAGAGGAUGGAGAAUCUGGACCCAAGCACAAACAACCCAGGCUACAACUUUGCCUCCAACAGCAGUUCAGUGGCCGCAGCAAUCCUUGUGCCUUUCAUAGCCAUGAUCAUUGCAGGCUUUGCCCUUUACCUCUAUAAACACCGAAGGAGACCAAAAGUCCCCUUCAACGGCUACGUGGGCCACGAGAACACCAACGGCCGGGCCACCUUCGAGAACCCCAUGUACGACCGCAACAUCCAGCCCACCGACAUCAUGGCCAACGAGUCAGAGUUCACCGUCAGCACAGUGUGCACGGCGGUAUAGCGACCGGGCCCGGCCCGAGAGGGAAGGAGAAGGCAUCACUCACCGGCAGGGUGGACCAGGGAGUUAUUAGUAGAGGAACAUCACACACCGACGCCGUCCCCCGGUGGCUGCAGCCCCCCUCGGCCGGUUGGAGUCCCAACAUGAUGAGAGCCCCCGAGACGAUACGAGAAAGCCUCCCCCCGCCGCCCGUGACGUCAAUGACAGCUUUUUCUUUUUCGUGCGCUUCUUUAACUCGAGCCUCUUUGUCGGUUUUGUUCGACAAUACGUUGAGGAAUAGCUUCCUCCUUGAAACUGUAUCAAGCUAGGAGCGCAGCUGCAAGUAACGCUGUGACGACUGCUCUCACUGUCCUCUACCAAAACCCAAAGGGAUUUCCAUUUCUUUUGUUUGGUUUUUCUUUUUCCUUCUUAUGGUCCACUUGAAGCAAAGCAGCCAUGGGAAUGGCCUGUAGCUGUAAGAAAUAGCCGUGUGGUGUCCAGGGAGCAUUGUGGUGAUCAGAGCCUCACAGCUUAUAUGCCGCUAAUGUAUAUCACAGAAAGAGAAAGAGACUUAUUUUUUCUCUCUCUUUGAUUUUCCUGCUGACUUGAUUUUUACACACUGCUUGUUUUGGACUUCGGCAUCUUUUUCUUUAUUUUUUUGUCUCUGAACAUUUCAGACCCUCAAAAGUUUUUUUUUCCUGGGCCACGGGUCUGAGGCUGAGGAUAAAAUGCAGUUUAAAAAAAGGAUUCUACUACAACCAUGACUACUUUAUUUUGGGCUUAACUAUUACUUUUAUUGGAGCCGGGAUGUCAUUUUCUUGAUAAGGCAGCUGUGUCCGGAGAAAAGGGGUUGAAAGGUUGCUAGGGCAAAUGAAAGAAAAAGCACUUAGUAAGACUGCAAACUGAAUUUGAAAGAGUGUUUUUUUUUUUUGUAUGUGUGUUUCUGUGAGGGAUUGGGAAAGUUUGCCAGGGAGACAUAUGAUGGUGUAUGAGUGAAUGAAUGUGUACAUGAGCAUGUGCACAAUAUGCAUUUUAACCGUAUUUGUUCUGUUGAUAUCAGCGAUCUGCCCCAAAGCAUUUCUCAUCUCUGUCUCAUUUUUUCAUGUCUAUUAUUUUUUCUUAUCACUGCUCCCUCAAGAUGUACCCUGACGUAGGCAAAGAUAAACACUUUAAAGUAUGCUGACAUUUUAUCUUCCACUGAAAAGGGCAGUAUCUUUUCUUUCAAUGAAAAAAAGCAACCUGACUGCUCAGUCCACAAGGAACCUCUGGACCCGAAUGAAUAUUAAUCCUAUCUUUCAAGGCCAUGUGUUGACCUAACAUAACUCCACAGUGAAAAAAAUAACAAAAGAAGCUAACCCCAGUGUAAUAAUCCAGCUUCCCCCUAUUUCCCAUUGGUGGUAAAAUAGUAGACCUACCAUUGCCCGACUGUAAGUGUUCUACAAAGAGGUGCUCCUCUGCUCCGCAACAUAGGAUUGAAGAAGAGACCAUGCGGCUCUGAUGGGUCCUAGCAACAAUUUCAAAGUGCCAGAGUCAGAUUUUCUUUUUUAAUAAACAUGGCAAAAAAUAAAAAAAGGGGAAGCAGGAGAGUUCUUAUGACUCUUGGUAAAUUCCAGGGCCUGGACUCAAGGUAAAAAAAUAAUAAUGAUAAAAAAUAGCUAUAUUGUAUUCCUGGAUACAAAAAAAAGCCCUGCAAAUAUGUUGAGUUUUUUUCUUUUUCUGAUUGAAAGAGAGGGUAGGGGAAAUAAAGUGGUGCACUAACAAUGCUGAGGUAUUGAGUAGAACGGAGCUCCCCUGUUUCCCCGGUAGACCACAUCAACUCAUGAGAUGUCAAACUUCCCAGUUCUAGAACUUCCUCACCAAAACCCCCCCCCCCCGGCCCCCACUAGUCCUCUGGUUGUUCAUGCUCCUGUGACUCACACUGGUAUAUAUUUAUGUAUAUAUAUAUAUAUAUAUAUAUAUAUAUAUAGCGAUAGGCUCAAGGUUUGCAGUAUUAUCAGCACCCUAACCGUGGUCAGUCGUCCGGUUGGCUGGUCAGUCUUGGAGGAAAGAAGCCCUAAACAAAGCUUCAAAAUUGAAAAGGUUUGCUCACAGCCUUGAAAAAAAAGUUCAAAGUUGGUCAAGCAAGAGGAGCCACACAGCGUGAGUGGAAGUCACAGCGUGUGACUUCCACUGAGACAGGUCCCGCUGGAUUUAAUUCACGUCACGUCGCCAGACUACACAUCUCAUCGAUUUUGUCUUUUUCGGGGUGUGUGUGGGGGUUUGCAUUGCGGGAAGACCUUGGAUAGAUCCAUAUAUCCAUGUGAGUGGAAUGGAGACCCACUUUGUUUAGUCUCAACUUGGGGGAAAAUAAAUAAACAAUUAAAAACACACAGAUCCCUCGGUGCUGUGGUGGUAAUGGUGUUGCAACUACUUACCACACGCGCCAAUAGGGAAAUUAUUCGGCAGACGAGUGUGGGGAAAAAACACGUGCUUUACAGAUCUUUGCACAUCUCUGCUCACGAAAGGGAUCGGGAUUACGGUGAAGGAUGGCAGCUGUAGAGAGCGAACUCGGACAACAUCUGCGCGACAAGCGGGAUCAACAUAGGUGUUAUAUGUACGCUUAGUUACCAUGGUUACUGCCGUGAAUGCUGAUGGCGAUGACGUGAACAUUGUCGGGCAAAAAAUGACACCUCCUCAUCCAAUUAGCUCCAAUUAUUCACUCUGGUUCGAUGGUUACCUCACAUCACGAGACCUGUUUUAAUUCUGUCCUUCGUCAUUUGAGGGAUAGAUAUCGGUUAGGCCAUGCUUGACUUCAAAGGCCUGCUAUUAGUCUGAUCGAAUUAGUAAUGCUGAAUAGAAUCCCAUAGCUGCCUCUCUCCCUAAACAAGCGCCCCGUAUUUUGAUAUAUUUGAGAUGGGCCAUGCUACGGUACAUGAUGUACGUUCAUAUAGUGGAAGAAAAUACCAAGCUCCCUUGCGUUGCUUUGUAAUGACGGUUUUCACACUGGGCCUAUAAUUGACCCCUAAAGCCCUAGCAUUUGUAACAAAUCACUCCUUUUGUUCUACCGAUCUACGUUAUUUUCUUCUCCCUGGCUUUGUAAUUGCUUUAACAGUUGUAUUACUUAUGAUGCCCUGGCUUAUCUUGACAGCGAGUCUACAGUAUCAGCUCGUCUGUUUGCCAGGAGCAAAUUGAUUUAAGAGAAUAGGCCACGAGUUUAAUUACCCUGGGAGAUUUCACGGAAAGACAUUUUGCAUUAUCUUGCCGCUGCUUGUGUUUCUCAUAAUUUUAAGCAGCCGUUGUCAUACAUUUCUUCUUUUAACUUUAUUGUCAGCUAUUCCGCCUCAAAUAUGUCCGGGGAGAACGUCGGCCUACGUUUGUUUGUUUUUUCUCCAUGAAAAGGGAACAUCCUUUAACCCCCCCCAAAAAUGUACCCCUGACUCUGAGCAUCACAUUAGCCCCCUUUUCAAGUUAGAUUUCACACAAAAAUCGUAUCAACGAAGAAAUCGCUUUUUUUUAUUUCUCGUCAUCUCCACUAGCGAGUGCUUUACGUUGAAAACAGUGCCUUGGUAAAGUAAAGCCCAUAGUCAAUAACACACUGAUUGAAAUUGUUGAGAGAGAGACAUCUAGAAGUUUAGAUGGAACCUAUAAAACAUUCCCCUUAUGGUCCUAGUAUACGGUAAAAGAUAAAAGUAAAAGAUACAAGAGUAUUUCCACAAACAUAAUUCUCAAAAUACCAGUGGUCCUGCCCACUAGGGGGAGUAUUUUAACGCAGUGGAAUCAUCUUCCUUUUGUUGGUCACGCUGCCACUAUGUGCCACCUACAAACAAACAGGACAUCCCACCACGACACCACACCUGCCCUGGGAACCUGCGGGUCCCUCUGCAUUGUGGGGUCUUGGUCCUGCAGACUAGCGGAGCGUGUGGGGCUCGAUGUCUACGUCCCUAUACCGUUAUAUUCUUUCCUCGGCUCCCGUUCCGCUCCCUAAAUAAGUGAUGGGCUCAUUAGAACGGUCCACUGCCCCUGCAAAUGAUUUAUGUGUUGGCAUUUGUAUGCUUGUCAACAGCUGCUGCUUAGCUGGGUUUUAUUUUUACGCGGCCUGUAUUAUGCAUCCCCAUCCUCAAGAGGUACCAAAGAAAGUUAUCCAAACUCGGCUUAAUCAUAUCAACACGAUUCAAGGCGGAAUUGGACAAUUGGAAUACAAUAACAAAUUUAGUCAAUCCCCGAUAGUUAAUGUCAGUGUUUUCCAUUUUGGCUUCCUCAGGGUUUGAGAACGUUGGAGAAAACUUUAAAUGAAGGACCGAGACAUCCUCAAGGAUUUAGGAACGAUAAUUCACAGACGGGUGACUUUCACUUCAUAGGUCCUUCAAUCUUUUUGGCUCUAGUGUCUCUGGAGUCAUCCAAAAAAAAUCAAGUCAGCGUAGAUAAAUCACUGCUAUAGAGUCCAAGAGCAUACUGAAUGCAUGUUCGGAAUAGACCAUGUAUGGUUAAGAGUACACGAGGCCUCAGUUCCUUGUGAUCUACAGUUAGACUGAGUGCCAUUUCGUUCAGAUGUCACUUCGAAUUGCCCAGCCCACCUUCCAGCGUCGCUCUCUUUGUGCAUGUUUAUCCAUGCACCGACAUGUUUGUUCUCGCUCUACAUUAGGCCCAUGCUUUCUUCAUUUCGAUCCAUGUCAGUUGUUUUCACAGCUCAGAUUCAUUUUCGAACCAUGUUCAGUCACGCGUGUAGUUUUGGUACAAUCGCUAAAUGACAUAUGUCCUUCAGUGGGGAGCAUGCAUUGUGCCGGUCCAGUGAAUCUCUCCCGUUUAAAUGAGCAAAAAGGCCCGUGGCCCCAUGACAGCAGACACCGGAAACCAAGCAACAUGAGAGAAAGGUUGUUGUCUGAAUUACUAUGUCGCAAAAUGUUGCUCUAUUUUAUUGUUAUUUUUGUUUGUUAUUUUUGUUCUGUUGCCUAAGACCGUUGCUUGGACAGUAAGAGAGUAAAAACGUGUACCUGAGCAGACAGCGAAACUGCAGAGAGCAAAACUGGCAAGUCGCUGAGAAGCGGUACAUGUGAACGAACAAAAAAAAAAGGUUUUGUACAGAGAUAUAUUUUUAUGGGAAUACAUUUGUAAUAUAAAAAAAGAGAAAAUGGAUCAAAUUAUAUGUAAAUGUUUUUCUUUUUCAUUAUUGUAGUACAAAUGCUAGUGGGGAGUAUACAAAAAUAUCUAUCUAUAUAGAUAUAUAAUAUAUCUAUGCAUAUAUAGAUAUAUCAUAUAGAUAUAUACAAAAUGACGAAAAUAAAACUUUUUUCUAAGUGUAAAAAAGAUUGUAAAUAAAAGUUUACAUACAUAUUGUAAAUAUGUAAGACCCACCAUGGCUUGUCUGCAAUAUAUAAAAAUGUAUUUUAUCCUUUAUCCGUCUGUAUAUGAUGCUUUGCAUUGUGUUUAAGCUUAUUCUACUUUCUUGAACUUGAAACUUAUUUUGAAGAUUUUGGAAUAAAAUAUAUUUAAAAUGA